GCACUAAUGAGGUGUCACGGAUAGGCGGAACUGAUAGGUGGCACUGAUAGGCGGCACUGAUGAUGGAUACUGAUAGACAGCACUGAUAGGUGGCACUGACUGUCAUCACUGCUGGGCACUGACUGGCGGCACUGCUGCGCUGGCACAACCACUGGGCACUGACUGGUGGCACUGACUGGCAGCACUGCAUUGAUGGGCACAGAUGGGUGGCACAGGUGGGCACAGUGGCACAGGUGGGUGGCACUGCUGGGCACAGGUGGGUGGCACUUCGUGGCACUGCUGGGUGGCACUGCUGGAUACAGGUGGGCGGAACUGGUGGGUAGCACUGCUGGGCACUGAU